UUACGAUUCGAUUUUGACAACACAAAGUGUUCGGGUGGGUGGAUGUUUCCAAAGUCUAAAAAAGAGGCUAAAGUCAGCUGUUUGAAAGUCAUAACAAAGUCGUGCCGAGUGCCGGUUUUGAACUUUUUGAUCAGUGAGCAAAACGUAGUGCAUUUUGAUUCAUUGAGAUAGUUUUUAUUUCUGCAGUGUCAUUGCAUUUUUCAAAUCAUAAAAGUAGUUAAGACUAAGAGAAAAUCAGUUUCAUUAAAAUAUUGACGGUGUUAAAAGGUUAAAGGGAGUAAUUUUUUUUUCAACUCAACCAGCUGCAAGAGAGCAAGUAAAACAAGCAGCAUCAAAUUCGUCUUCACAUUCAUUCAGUGAAGAAGCACUCUCUAUAUUUAGAUCCGGGCCUCCCGCUUGGUUCUUAUCACUGCAACAACAACAACAACAGCAAAAAAUAAAUCCACCUUACAGUGCACGUGCAGACAAUAUAUCGAGAUCCGAAUAGACUGACCAGACCGGGCCAGAGCCGGUGUUCAGCUAUUUCGGCGAAUAGCUUCGAGCCUGAAGAGUAUUAGGAAUGAAAAAUUAUCUUCGGUUCCAAAACUGUGUACGGUCCGGAAUGGGCUGGGUUUGGUUUGCGGUCCUAGCAAUUGGCUUCUGUGUGGCCAGCGAACAGAAACGGAAUUGGUGGCAAGACACGGUCUUUUAUCAGAUUUAUCCUAGAUCGUUCAUGGACAGCGAUGGGGAUGGGAUCGGAGAUUUGCGGGGCAUAACGGGGAAGCUGCAGCACCUGGCCGAUGCGGGUGUAGAAGCCACCUGGCUAUCGCCCAUCUUCCGAUCGCCGAUGGUUGAUUUCGGUUACGACAUACAGGAUUACACUGAGAUACAGCCGGAGUACGGAACAAUGGCCGAUUUUGAAGCCAUGAUGAACGAGGCCAACCGGCUGGGGAUUAAGAUUGUGUUAGAUUUUGUACCCAAUCACAGCAGCGACCAGUGCGAGUGGUUCCAGAAAUCGGUGGCUCGGGAUCCGGAAUACAAAGACUUCUACGUGUGGCACGAUGGGCGAAAGAAUCCGGCCGGGGGUGAUCCGCUGCCACCGAAUAACUGGCAAUCCGUCUUCUAUGGGUCGGCCUGGACGUUCCACCCACAGCGGGGGCAAUUUUAUCUGCAUCAGUUCACCCGACAGCAGCCGGAUCUGAACUUUCGCAACCCGGCCGUGGUAGAGCGCAUGAAGCAGGUGAUGCGAUUUUGGUUAGCCAAAGGAGUGGCCGGCUUCCGGAUCGAUGCCGUCAACCAUCUGUUCGAGGUGGAAGAUUUUCGCGAUGAACCGGAAACGGGCACGGAGAAAGACCCGCUGUCGUACGCGUUCACGUAUCAUUAUUACACCAAAGAUUUAAUGGAAUGCUACGACAUGGUGUACCAGUGGCGAGAAGUCCUGGACCAAUGGCAAGUUGAGAAUGGUGGUGAAACUAGAAUAAUGAUGACUGAAGCCUACGCCAACAUUACAUUUACCAUGAAGUACUACGGUUCCGGCGACGGUUCUCGACAAGGUUCCCACAUGCCGUUCAAUUUUCUGCUGAUAACGGACCUAAACCAGGAUUCAACCGCUCAGGAUUUUGCUUAUACCAUCGAAAAAUGGUUAACAUAUAUGCCGAGGGACAAGGAAGCCAAUUGGGUAAUCGGAAACCAUGAUCAGUCACGGGUCGGUUCAAGAUAUGGAGUAGAACGGAUCGAUGCCAUAAAUAUGAUGCUGAUGACACUCCCUGGCAUCGCGGUGACUUACUAUGGCGAGGAAAUAGGAAUGGUUGAUUACAAAAACAUCGUUGGGGCCCAAAAUAGUUCUCAAAAUGUGUUUAUAGAUUUUUCGAGGGAUCCCGAAAGAACUCCGUUUCAAUGGGAUGGGACUUCAAAUGCAGGAUUUUCGACGGCAGCGAGUACUUGGCUUCCUGUGAAUCCUAACUAUAUAGAAUUGAAUCUAGAAAAACAGAAAACUGCUUCAACAAGUCAUUACAAACUGUACCGGGAUUUGGUCCAGUUGAGGAAACAUGUUACCUUUAGGAAAGGUUCCAUUCAGCUUAUUCCUUACAAUGAUUGGGUGCUAACUUUCGUAAGAGAACUUUCCGGUGAAGACACCUUCGUUACAGUUAUAAACCUGGGACCCCAAGAACAAACCGUGGAUCUAUCAGUGUUUCCCAGACUUUCGAAUGAACUGAAAGUGACGGCAGCUUCAUCAACAUCUUCGUUCAAAGUAGGUGAUACGGUUGAACGAGAAAGGCUUAUCAUUGGGUCAUUCGAUUCUUUGGUGCUGCAGGACAGUCUCCGGCAAGACCGACGGAUUCCGCUGUUGGGCAUCCAGGUUCCCGACCUGGGUUUGCCCCUCAUUGCGGAAAUGGCCAUCAUUGCGUUGAUAUCAUUUGGACUAGGAAUGGGUCUGUGCUACUGCUGUUGCCGAGCAAGAACAAACGGGCUGGAUUCGCAGCGUGAAAUGAAGCCUCUGGUAGCCCGUCGCUCUAUAUGAUUCGUCUAUGGUUGUUUAAGUGAUGUCGUUAUGAGAGAGGUUCGGUGCUUUAACUGUAGAUUGCGCGUGCGAAAUUCAAGCAUUUCUUCUCAACGGUUGCAAUGGGCGUUAAAUCGACUAGCUGCCGGUAGCCUUCUUGAUGUCGGAUCGUGAAGUUCUCUAUAAGUAAACAGGGUCGAUUCACAAUUCGCUACCUAAGGAUUUUUACCUUGAGAUUGCCAGUAACACGAAAUAAACUAAUAAAAUAAUAUGCAUCGCUAUGAGUUUCCGGUUUUAAACGAGUUAU